AUGAAACCAUUGAACGAUCUUAGAACUUUUUCUUUAAACGAUCCCUUGAAUUCUAAUAAAGAUCUUCGAUAUGGAAGAAGUAACAGAGAUAAUCGAUGGAUUCGUGAUUAUGUAAUCCCUUAUACGAAUAACGACAUUUCAGAUCUCAAGAUUUAUAUGCAAAAUAAAAGAGAAUCCCCUAACACCGAAGAAUCGUUGGAAGAACUUAAACAAAGAAAUAAAGCUAUAGAAAAAGCUAUCCUAAAUAAUAAGGAAAACGAAAAACAAACCGAGGAAGAUUCGUUGAAAAGGAUUAGUAAAAAUAAACGCAAGAAAGAUCCAUCGUUUUUACAAUCGAAAAGCCAAAAACAUACUGAACUAUCAUCAGCAGCAGCUCUCGUGAACGGAAAUGUUAACAAUGCGAAAUUAUCUUGGUUGAACGAGGCUGAAUCACCAGAUGAAAUGUUUGAGUCUGAUAAAUCACUGAACAAUAUAAAAAAUCAAGAUAGAAGUGUAAUACUUUUAAGAAAUAAAAGAACAAACUUGAGGAAUGAUCUUUUCAACGAAAGGGAAAUGAAUUUAUAUAAACAAUUAACUAACGUCGAUGAUUUGAUAGCACAACAAGCAAAACUUCUUCAUUACGAUAAUACCAAUAAUAAUAAAAAUGUUCUAAGUGAAAGUGAACAAGUAAUAAAACGUAAAAGUCCAGAAAGACGAUUAUUCUGGAUAAUAGAAAAGGAAAGUAAUAAUCGAUCAUUGUCGGAUAAUGAGAAUAAAUGUUUCAUUGUUAAAAAACAUCAACGUAGAAUUCUUCAAAGUUACGACGAAGAAAAUUUGGAAGAAGAUUUUCUUACCAACGAAGAAGACGAUUCGAAUAGGAAUGAGAAAAUUAAAGUUGCCAAAAGUUGUCAAGUUAAGAACGAUGAAAGGAAACUGGAUUAUCAAAAAUCACCGAUUAAUCGAGACGAGAAUAUUAUCGAAGAAAAUGUAGAAAAUGAUAAGAAGGAUACUUUGAAAGUCGAGAGAGAUGUUGAAAAUACGUCAGACAAUGUAAAGAAUCCGUACGAAGCUAGAGUUAACAUGAUGAUCAAACAACGAAUAGCAUUGAGACACAAGGAUGAGGAAAAUCAUGUAAGAAGGAAACGUUAUCCUUUGGGAAUAAUCGAAUAUUACGAUUACGACGAGGAAAUGAAUGAACGAUCUAGAGAAUCUCAAAUUAUUGGUGACAACGAUCAAAAUAAUAAUGAUCAAAAUGAAAAUCCACUAGAUUCGAGUUUUAAAUUAGUAGAUGCAAAUUUGCAAGAGUCUCUGAACGAAACGUUGAUGAAGAAGAAAAAUGAGCAAGCCGAGGAACAAGAGAAAGAAAAGAAAAGGAAAGAAAAACUGAAGAACAAAGAACCAAAGCAACAAUUUCUGGUCGACCUCGAACAACAAGCACGAGCUAAGAACGAGAAUCCAUCCGAGUCUCUGAGGAGCAAGGUCACGUUUGAGGGGGUGGCAAAGGGGGAGGAUAAAAGCUCGCAAAUGGAUCGAGAAAAAUCAUUUUUAAACGAGGCCGUACAACCCUCUGGCCAAAUUCGCGAUGAAAAGUCAUUUGUUCCAGCUUGUCAAACGAAAUGGUCGAACAAUAGAAGAAAAGAACAAGAUGAAAAUGAUCAAACGAUGGAAGAACCUAAUCAAGAAUUCGUAAACAUUGAUAAAAUCGUACCAAAGGAAUCUCUCGAAUAUAUAUUACGUGCACCUGAAACUCUCCAACGAGAAAUAGUCGACGUUGUUUUCGGUGACGUAAAACCAAUCCAAUUACCGGAACAUGAGAAAAAGUUGGAUAAUGUAGAUCAAACUAGAUUGGAAAAUCGAGUUGGCUCGAAGAAAUUAGAUGAGAAAGAGUAUGACGAUAUCGACAACGUGUAUGACGAAUUGAAGAAAUUAUACGAUUGGGAAGAUAACGAAAAUAAAAAUGGGCCUCGGCUUAAAGGAGACCAACGAAUGCAUCUCGAUGCAUCCGAAGAUGAUCUAGAAAUCAAGACUAAUACUAACGACAACAACAAUAAUAAUAAUAAUAGUAAUAACACGUCGGAAAGUAAUUACUUAGCAUUGAAGAAAACAGAUGAUCUUUUUAAAGGUGGAUUAGAACAAAGUGAUAUUUUUGAAGAAAGAUCAUCGAACAAAAGUCAAAAUCAUCAUCAUCAUCAGAAUAUGAGCAAUAAUUAUGCCGGAAACAUCGAAUGGAAAGUGAUACCCAUACAGACACACGCAGCCAUACGAUCACACAAUGUCAGAGAUCGCAAUGUUGUAAAUUGUGCAUCUUUGUAA